CCUAAACCCCAAGCUAGCGCGGCCAUCGUCUUCCCGCCGCACCCCACUCACCCACCCACCGUACUCGCACCCCACCAUGGCCUCCGCCGACUACUCCCUCGACCGCAAGCUCUCGGCGCUCCUCACCGAGGCGCGGCCGAGCGCCGCCUCGCUCCGCGCCGCCGGAGAGGCGGCCGACGCCGUCGCGGCGCUCGUCAAGAGCGUGCCCCCGCAGCAGGCGAAUCCCACGGCCGCCUCCGGGUUCGUGGCGGACCUGGGCCUACUCGCGGAGGCACACAAGCUGGCGUUCGACUUCCGUGCCCCGGAGGUGGUGCGGCUCGCCGGGAGCCACGCGGCCGGCGGCUCCGUCGCCAGGCCCGACGUCGCCGCCGACCUCCUCGUCCGCUUGCCCAAGGAAUGCUUCCAUGAAAAGGAUUUCCUGAAUCAUCGGUACCAUGUAAAGAGGUGCCUUUACCUCUGUGUCAUUGAGAAGAGCUUGCUUUCUUCUCCUUUAAUAUGUAAGGUUUCAUGGUCCACCUUCCAAGACGAGGCACGGAAGCCUAUUCUCCAUGUAUAUCCAGCAACAGAAAUUGCAGAACUUCCUGGGUUCUAUGUCAGGAUAAUCCCGACUGCGAGCUCUUUGUUCGAUGUCUCAAAGCUGAAUCUGUCAACACGAAACAAUGUCCGUGCAUAUACAAAAGAUGGCAUAAACCAACCUACACCGAAAUACAAUAGCAGCAUAUUGGAGGAUAUGUUUCUGGAGGAAAAUGCCGAAUCUAUCAGUAGCACCUUUGCAAACUGGAAAAACUUGCAAGAGGCAUUGGUUUUACUGAAGGUUUGGGCACGUCAAAGAACUUCAAUAUAUACACAUGAUUGCCUCAAUGGAUACUUAAUAUCUGCCGUGCUCGUGUUUCUUACUAUGGACUCUGGAGGAAGCAUAAUUAAUAGAUCAAUGACCACAAGACAAAUUUUCCGUGUUGCAAUCAAUUUCUUUGCAACUUCUAAGAUGUGGCCUAAGGGCUUGGUGAUGCAGCCAAUGAAGAAGCGUACAAUCACCAAAGAGGACAUUGCUCAUCUCCUGAAAACAUUUGAUGUUGUCAUAUGUGAUGUAUCUGGCCACGUCAAUCUGGCAUUUCGGAUGAAGAAAACAGCUUUUCUAGAGCUUCAAGAUGAGGCAGCCAGCGCACUUAAUUGCCUUGACAAAUGCAGAGAUGGUGGGUUAGAAGAGCUUUUUAUGACUAAGGUUGAUUUUGGUGCUAAGUUUGACUCAUGUGUGAGGAUAAACUUGAAGGGGAACUCCAAAGUUACUGCAUUAAGCUUCUGCUUGGAUGACGAAUCUUGGCGAGUACUUGAAAACAAUGUUCAGUCCUUGCUGCAACAAGGACUUACAGAUAGAACAAAGAUGAUCCGUGUCCUGUGGAGAAGCACUCCUUCUGAAUGGAAUAUAAAGGAUGGCUUCUCAAAAUUUGGUAGCAGCCCGGUGAUUGUUGGUAUAAUGCUUAGCUCGUUGGAGAAGAGUUAUCGUCUUGUUGAUAUCGGUCCUAACCCUGAGAAUCGUGAUGAGGCUGUUAAAUUUAGGAAAUUUUGGGGAGAGAAAGCUGAACUCAGGAGGUUUAAAGAUGGGGUUAUUGCUGAAAGCACAGUUUGGGAAACAGAGCCUUGGAAGAGGCACACAAUCGUGAAAAGAAUUGCUGACUAUGUGCUUACGAAGCAUUUGCUAUUGCAGAAGGAAGAUUUGGUUCAUGUUGUUGAUCAGCUGGACUUUUGCCUCCUGGUUGCUGGCCAAGAUCCAGUGUCAUCUUCUGGAGAUUUGCUCAUAGCCUUUGAUACUUUAUCUAAGCAGUUGCGUCUAUUGGAUGAUGUUCCUCUUAAAAUAUCCACUGUGCAACCUCUAGACCCAGCUUUUAGGCACACUUCUGUGUUUCCUCCUGAACCUCAUCCCUUGGCGUAUGAAAAGAGUUCGCAGAGGCUGCCGAAUUUUGCAGCGACUUGUGUUCGAUCUUUGGAAGUCAUGAUUCAGCUAGAGGGAUCUGGUAACUGGCCUUUGGAUCCUGUAGCCAUGGAGAAAACAAAGUCUGCGUUUCUUUUAAGAAUUGGUGAAAGCCUGGAGGGUCGAGGAAUGUUUGUUACAGCCAGUGAAGAUGAGGUCAAUGUUUUUACAUCUGGAUAUUCAUUCUUGCUCAAAAUAUUUCAUGAAAGAGGUUUGGUGCAAAAGCAAGCUGGAGAUGUUAACACACAAAGUGCUCCAUCGGAAGACAAGGAGCUCUUUCUGCGGAGCCAGCACUCUAGUAUGAUCAAUGGUCUGCAUGGUCGAUACCAGGUUUAUGGGCCCGUAGUCAGGCUAGCAAAAAGGUGGAUGUCUGCACAUCUUUUUUCUUCAUUUAUCUCUGAGGAGGCAGUUGAACUGUUUGUCGCCUACCUAUUUUUGAAGCCAUUUCCAUUCCAUGCCCCUUCUUCGCGGGUUGUUGGGUUUCUUAGGUUCUUGCGGUUGCUAUCCAGUUUUGACUGGACCUUUACACCCAUGGUCGUCGACAUAAAUAAUGACUUCAACCUGAAGGAUGAGAAGGAUAUCAAUGAAAACUUUAUGCUGAGCAGAAAAUCUUAUGAACAAAAUCCUCAUGAUGUAGAGCCUGCGAUGUUUCUGGCCACAUCAUAUGAUAAAGCAUCUGAAGCUUGGACAAAACAUUCACCAAGCAAGUCGGUUCUUAAACGGAUGGCUGCUUAUGCCAAAAGCAGCGCAGAACUGUUAACAAACCUUAUAAUUCAUGGUCAAUCAGGCCAAUAUACAUGGGAGUGCCUCUUCCGGACACCUUUAAGCAAUUAUGAUGCUGUUGUACUCCUCCAUCAAGAGAAGCUUUGUCGUCCUCACCAUGUUCUUUUUCCUGCCGAGACUCCUAAUGGUAAGUUGGUAAUCCGGGGUAAUCCAAGUAAUUCUUUCCACCCUUAUAUGUCACUCAAUAGCACAGUUAUGAGAAGCUUGCAUGAUGCACGAGAUAAACUUUUGGUAAAUUUUGACCCUACCGCAUACUUCCUGCGUGACUUGAAGUGUGCAUUCCCUGUGACCUUCAAGCUGUGGUAUGAUUCGAAUGGAGGAGAUGCAGUUGGUCUUACAUGGGAGAACUCAAAGAAGCGUGGCAGAGAUGAGGCUGAUGAAGCCAUGCCGGAUCCAACAUCUAUACUCAAGGAGGUUGGAGAUGUUGGUAAAGGAUUGGUGAGGGGUGUAUAUCUCCUCAAAGCACCAAAGCUUCAGUAGGGUUUUGGGCGAAGACCUUGCCGAAAUUACUGUCAUGCACGAGAGAACUCCUAACUGAAUGGCCAACGGAACACAAAUUAUCUAUAGGAAUGUAUAAAGUUGUAAUGCCAUCUGUUUAUAUAUUAGACUCCAAUUGAAAGAGCCAAGUCUGCAAAAAAACAAAAACUGUAUCCAAAUUUUGAUUGAGAGUUGCAGAAAAGUGUAGCGAUGUAGUUUUCAAUU